CUCACAUUAACGAGCAGCAAAGUUUCAUUUUUUAGCCGCUAGCAGCCGUUAGCGAGCGAAUGUCUGUCCGCCGUUCUCUUGUUGUUAUGGAGGCGUUCGAUAUCAGCUGAUCGGUCCUGUUAACAUCACUCUAAAGAGGGAUUUCCAUCAUCUUUAACAGGAGGAUCACAUUUUUCUUAUUGGGUUGUAACUAUUCAAUUAUGACGGCUUAGACACCUACAGGAGGGAUGUCCACGAUGGGGGGAGGGGUUUGAGAUUGCAUAUCCCUUGGUCUGUGUGUUUGUGUGUGUGUGUAUGUAUGUGUGUGUGUGUGUGUGUGUGUGCUUGAACAUUUUUAUUUAAUUUAUAAUGUUACACUCAAUCACAUACAGUGUGUUCAAGCCUAAAUGGGUCUGUAGUGUGUUAGACAUGUCUGCAAUAAAUAUACAAGAAAGGAAAUUGUAUACUGAUCCAGGAUGAUCUGAGUGUAACAUUAUUGCAUUUUGAUUUGAAGGUGCAUUUUAAUCAAGCUAUUUACGAUGAAUCAUCCUUAUUUUACUGCACAGGAUGUGUUUUGUUUGACGCUCUGUUCUGUAACUGAAAGAGAAAUGUUUAAGUUUCAGCCCAGUGUUCAGAGAAGGUAGGUGAAGGUGGUACAGGUCACAUGGAUCAAGGUGUAAAGUACACAGAGGGAUUAAGGUGCUUGACAGAUACGGUGUGACAGUGGUGAUUUAUGGGCUUUUUCUACCGCGUGAGCCUCAGUUUCACUUCUUUCGUUAAAUCCCCCACCUUCUCAGCCCCCUGAUAUAUUUUACUAGUUUCUGUCUCGGUGUGAGUGAAUGUGUGAGAGAGGUAGACCUUGGGUUUUCUCAAACUUCUCUCCCCUUGAAGGACAUCUCUUUUACUCUCCUAUCACUAUAUCUAAAAAAUGGAAACUCUUAUUCAUCUUAAAAACAACCAAUUUUUGAUGGGGCUGUGCCGCAACGGGCCUCCACCUGACCUUCAGUAUGACAACUCCUCAGAGCUCUACCGCAUCUCCACCUUUGCUCGCUUCCCAGCUUCAGGAGUCACAGAGCGAAGUCUGGCAAGGGCAGGGUGGUUCUACACUGGUGUGGGCGACCGUGUGCAGUGUUUCAGGUGUAACGUGACCGCAGAGGGCUGGCAGGCUGGAGACUGUCCGACAGAGAAGCACAGACAGCUUUCUCCCUCCUGCUCCUUCAUCCAGAGCCUCCCAUCCACAGCCAAUCUGCUCUCCUCCUCACACUCUGCCUUCUCCCCUCUCCGCAUCGCCCCAGCUAUACCACUUUCUGGUCCAGGCCCGGCUGCUGCUAACCCGACAGUAAGUCAAGGUGAAGAACCAGGCGGCUAUCUAAACAUGGGCUUCUCUGCUCCACCGCCCUCCAGUCCACUUACCUCCCGAGGAGUGGAAGACAUGUCCCACCAGAGACCGACAUGCCACAACCCCAGCAUGCGCAGAGAGCAGGACCGCCUUGACUCCUUCCACAACUGGACGCUCUCCAUCAUCACCCCCGCGGAGCUCGCCAAGGCGGGCUUCUACUACCUGGGCCAGGGUGACCGAGUGGCUUGCUUCAGCUGUGGAGGACAGUUGAGUAACUGGGAGCCAGGCGACAGAGCUGUGUCUGAACACCAGAGGCAUUAUCCGAACUGUCGUUUUGUCCGCGGGGACAGAGCUGACAACGUGUCGCUGGCUGGAGCUUCAGGAGCUGCGCCUGGAGCAGUAACCUCCCAAAUGUCUGCAGGAGCUCCAGCCCUCAGUAAUGUGUCCAACCCCGCCAUGCAGCAGAGUGAUGAGAGGCUGCUCACCUUCGUCAACUGGCCGUCUCGUAUCCCUGUCAGGCCUGACCAGCUGGCUAAGGCUGGCUUCUACUAUGUUGGUCGCAACGAUGAUGUCAAAUGCUUCUGCUGCGAUGGAGGCCUGCGAUGCUGGGAGUCUGGAGACGAUCCCUGGGUGGAACACGCUAAAUGGUUUCCUCGGUGUGAAUAUUUGCUCCAGGAGAAGGGACAAGACUUUGUUCACCAGAUUCAGGCUCGUUUUCCUCGGCUGUUUGAGCAGCUGUUAACAAACGGAGACAGCAGCUCCAGAGAGUUUGUGGAUCCACCUGUGGUUCACCUCGGCCCCGGUGAGGAGCGUUCCGAGGAUGCCGUCAUGAUGAACACUCCUGUGAUUAAAUCGGCUUUAGAGAUGGGCUUCGAGCGCAGUUUAGUCAAGCAGACGGUCCAGAGCAAGAUCCUGACCAGCGGUGAGAACUACAGGACAGUCCAAGAGCUGGUUUCAGACCUGCUGAGUGCGGAGGACCAGAAAAGGGAAGAGGAGCGAGAGAUGCUGGCUGAGGCGAUGGCAUCAGAUGGUUUCACCUUUGUGAAGAGACACCAGGCAGCAUUAAUCCAGCGCCUGAAGAGUGUUGAACCAGUGUUGGAGCAUUUAAGAGAACAAAAUGUUUUAUCUGCUGAGGACUACAGCAGCCUUCAGGCUCAGACAUCAGCCCAGCAGCAGACCGCCAAGCUUAUAGAGCUCGUCCUCACCAAGGGCAACGCUGCAGCCGAGGUCUUCCGCAACUGGAUCCAAAAAAAUGAUGUCCACUUGCUCCGAGAUCUCAUGGCUCAGUCGAAUGAAGCUGCGUCACCAAGCCAGGAUCUUUCAGAUCUCCCCAUGGAGGAGCAGCUGCGGCGCUUGCAGGAGGAGCGCACCUGUAAAGUGUGUAUGGAUAAAGAGGUUAACAUCGUCUUCAUCCCAUGUGGACACCUGGUGGUGUGCAAGGAGUGCGCGCCAUCACUACGAAAGUGCCCAAUCUGCAGAGGCCUGGUUAAAGGCACUGUCCGAACGUUCCUCUCAUGAGCAAGACGUUCAUGUGUCACAAUGUGAUUAAAAGCAGCAAUAUAACACAGAUCUACAAUAUAAUUUUAAGCUUUUUUUUAAAAAUCUAAAAUGUAUUUAACAUGUACCUGGUAAUUAGGGCUGGGCAAAUAUCACAAUGUUUUUGAACAAAUACCUCAACAUUAAUUUGUAUUGUAGGAAUGAAUAUUGGUACUUUCACAAAUAUUAAAACAUUGAAAUUUGAUAAACUGCAGUAGUGUGGAUAUGAGUAAGUGGGUAAAGACUAAAUUCAGAAGAUUAAUCACUUUGCCUUUAAAACCAUGAAAAGACGUGUAUCCUAUAGUCACAGUAUUACGAAGUCCAAGAUAUGUAGUUUAAUAUCACAAUAGAUAUUACCCAGCCCUAAUGUUAAUCUUAAAAGCAUUUAAUCUGUAUCACUCAUCUGCAUAACAUUGACAAAUGACACAAAGAUAUACAGUAUGUUGUAAUCUUCAGUUCAAGGCCUGUAAUUUACAAUGAUCAGGCGAGUGAUUGAAAAGCAAACUGAUCAGUACCAAUAAUUCUGACCUGCAUUAUAAUCAGUAGUGUUAAACGGUUUAUAGAAUUUAGCUCAAUUGAGCCGAUUCCAAAUUCCUUAUCACAAACACUAGUUGUAAUAUACUGGAAAUGUAAUGCACUGUCAUCUGUCAUUUUCUGUAUGACAUCACCCAGAGGGGGAAAAAAAAUUCCCUUCAGUAAGUUCAAAUGUGUUACAACUGGUCAGUGACGCCUGGUGAGACGAGCCCUCUACCUUCCUAAAUUUUCACUGCAGAAACUGACAACAUUGAACUGAACUGUCAGGUGAUCUGUUCUUUAUAUUAAGGCGUGAAUGUAGAAUCUCAAUAAACUUGGUACCAAAGUGUGCU